UUAGUGAUUGUGUUAUUAUUAGUAUAACAUUGUGAUAACGCCUAGGCGUUUUCAACAAAUUAUAUUGAUUAUCCUUAAUUUCAAAAUGGAUAAAGAAAUAGGAAUAAAUGACUUACCAUUGGAAAUAUUUAUGGAAAUCCUAAUAAGAACGGAUGUAUCAACAAUUGUAACGUCUCGAGGCGUUUGUAAAACAUGGCAAAAUAUUAUUGAUGGCAAUCAGAUAAUAUGGCAUAAAAUUUGUAAAAUUGAUUUCGAAUCCGCGAGUCCAUUGAUAAAAAGUGUAGCUAGAGGUGAUAUUGAAUGGUGUCAUGUUUAUUUGAACCUAACAGUGUGGUCAAAUAUAACAAAAUACGACUAUAAACUACAUAUGUUCCGUAACAUGUGGGUUUCUGAAUUUGAACCCAUUCUUGCUCCUGAUUAUGGUGUACUUCCCGUGAAAGACCAUAGUGAUGUAUCAUUCUAUGAUUUAUCCACUCUUGAGGCAAUGCCAAUAAUAAUCAAGGAUAUUGAAUGUAAAAAAAUUGGCCAUAAUGAUAUUGCAACAGUUUAUUUAACAAAGAACCGAUUGUAUGUACAAAAAUCCGUUGAUACUUGCAAUGCAACAGAAGGUAUGUUUGAGGCAGAGAAUUUUCUAUUGUGUGAAAAAGAAAUGUACUAUUACAAUAAUGGUGAUGUAUUCCAAUGUGAUCUAACAUCAGAAACAAUUACAUCAAAGUUAAUUAUCAGUCGCAAGUAUGUUUUCAAAGAGAUGACAUAUUGUGAUAAUGUUUUACAUUUAUUUACUAUAUGCCAGAAAACUAUAAGUAUUACCAAUGAUAAUGUGGUGACAGAAACAAGGAUAAAUAACCCUAUUAAAUGGCUGCGUUUCUUGUGCGAUGUACAUAUUAUUAAUAAGUACAAUAUCAUUUCUUAUUCCCAUAAUAUGCAUAAAACUAACAUUCAGACCAUGUAUACCAUGUUCGGGUCGGGCCCACAAAUUUCUGCAGUGUGUUUCUAUACUGAUAUGAUCCUGAUUGCAAGAAAGAGUGGACAGAUAUUGUUUACUCGCAUGUCUGAUCUAAAGGACUCAGUUCGUGAACAAAAAUUUGAAAGGAUACUCAAUCUUCCGGGUGGUAAAUAUGCAGUUAAAAUUAAUGUCUGUGAAAGGAAAUGUGGACCUCUAAUUGUUCUAUUUACAUUAAAAGAGGUCAUAUUAGUGGAGUAUAACUUGUUGCCACAUGAUGAUAAACCAAAAUCUAUUUCAAAGGAAAAACUUAAUAUACAAAAAAGGUUGCUAAGGAUUCAAGAAAGGUUGCAGUCUAAGGUUGCUUAAAAUUUCAAUGUAGUGAUAAUAUUUUGACAAUCUUAUGGGGAACGAAGAUAGCACGACUGUACCAACACCAAAAUUAUGUAAACUGUGAACAACAAUUUCAUAAAUGGCAGCCAUACAAUAUUUCACUUAUUUCACUUUGUAAAAUUGUGAGAUAAAAACAAAUUAUAUUGUAAAAUAAAGGUAAACUACUGGUACAUAGUUAUGUCAACUGUGUUUGACCAGAAAUAUUUUAUUAUUUACGAGUUUUAGCAAAACAAGUCGCUAAUAUUUUGGUAUUAGUUUUUUUAAGUAUGUUAGCGGCCCAAUAUUAUCGACGCUGUUCCCUCCCAAUGCAUCCCGCUAGGUCAUGUUAUAUUUAUAUAGUGUUCUGCGCAUUUUGCGAAGUAAAGAGCCAUCAAGAUAUCUGAAAACAUUAAUAUUACUGUAUAUCCUAUAAUUGUACAGUCCAUUCCAACUUAACACCCAAAUUUUAUUAAAUAAUAAAUGUGUAGAUAGUUGUUGCUAUGUAUUUAUUAAGUGCAUUAUAUACUCGUAAUAUUUCUUAUAUAUAAUACAUAAAAGUAGUUAUUUCAUGUUAUGUCGCUUAUGUAGUGUUUUUAUUAUAACUUUAGGAGCAAGAGUUAUUAUAUUUGUGACAUAUAUAAAAUGUUGAAGGCAUCGCCAGCCGAUAAACUAGGAGGAGGGCUGAUAAAUAUUCCUUUUUUAUUCCAAAGAGAAUCUCAAUAUGUGUUCUAAUAGUGAAAAACUGAGUUUUUGAAUUAUCUGUAUUAGAUUGUAGGGAAAUUAGUAUUCCGAAGUAGUUUGUAUGUAUUUUACAUUAACCGAUUCUCUAAGAGAGGUGAGGCAACUGCAAUGUUGGUGCCCAUGUAAAAAAGUGAUUGAUUUUUUCAUUGUGAUCUCUUGAAGCCUUAGUGGCUUUUCUGAUUUUAAAGACUUUAUUAUUUA